AUGGCCCCGUCCUAUCUCCUCAGACUUAGAUCAUUUCUCUGGGGCAACGACCCCAAAGACGCGUCCCUCCUCAUCAAACUCGACUUCACGAUUCUCCCUUACUUCUCUCUGAUAUGGUUUCUCUUCGGGCUUAGCCGAUCGAGUUAUUCAUCCGCUUAUAUCAGCGGGAUGAAAGAAGACUUGCAUUUCAAAGGAAAGGAGUUUAAUUAUAUAAGCACCACAUAUCUCGUCGUCUAUGCCGUUUGCCAGAUGCCCGGAACUUCACUGCUGACAAUCGCACCGCCGAAAUAUGUCUUCGUGGGGGCGAAUGUGAUGUGGAGCAUUUUAACGCUGAUUACUUUCAAGAUGAAUCAUGUGUGGCAGAUUAUUCUGCUAAAUGGUUUUGAGGGUGGGUUCUCGGCAAUUGCAUAUGUUGGAGCUCAUUUCAUAUAUGGGUCAUGGUAUAAAAAGUCCGAGCUGGGUACUAGAGCUGCGGUCUUCGUCUGCUUCGGCCAUCUGGGGAGUAUGGCGGGGCCUUGGAUUCAAGCUGGUUUGCUAAAAUCCCUGGCGGGGAAGAACGGUCUACCUGCUUGGCGUUGGAUAUUCAUCAUUGUGUCCGUGAUUACCAUACCCACGGCGCUUUUUGGCUGGAUAUUUAUCCCCGGUCUUCCAUCUCACAGGAAUGCAUGGUAUCUCACUACAGAGGAGAAGGAUCAUGCAGUGAAUAGACUAGGACAACCCCAAAAGCUCACCUGGGAUAGAACUGUCUUCAGACGUGUCUUGCUCAGCUGGCAAUUUUGGCUACUUCCUACUAUUUUCAUGCUCUACUCACUCGCGAUUCAAAUGGAGCAGAACAACGUCUUCCCCUUAUGGAUGGCAUCCCGGGGCUACACACAAAUUCAGCAAAAUACAUACCCGACUGGAGUCUACGCAGCAGCCAUUGUGGGGACGAUCAUCUACUCGGUCAUCUCAGACAAGAUCCAAUCGCGCUGGCAGUGUUCUCUCGCCAUUGGCAUCACAUUUAUCAUCGGCAGCGCCAUCCUCAUCGCCGACCCCAACGGCGUCGGUGGCCAAUUCUUCGCCUUCUAUCUCCUCGGCACAACAUACGCGCCGCAAGCCCUGUGGUAUUCCUGGAUGGCCGAUGUCACAGCGCACGACUUCCAACUGCGUGCCAUCACUACGGGCUUCAUGAACUCCUUCGACUUCGCGUUUGUCACUUGGUGGCCGCUGAUCUUCUACCCAGUUACAGAUGCGCCAAAUUACAGGAAAGGAUAUGUUGCGAGUAUUAUUACGGGGUCGCUGAUUUUGCCUUUGGUGCUCGCGAUUGCGUAUCUGGAGAGGCGGGGUAUAAAGAGUGGAACGCUGGGGAGGAGAAGGGUCGAGAUCGACGAAAGUGGGGGUAAUGAAUCUCCAGUAUCUCCUGAAUCUAUUGUGCAUUUUCCAGUAAAGAAAUGA